UAAGCAUCUUCACAAAGUUAGUUUUUUCUUUAAAGUAUUAAUUCUUUUAAUUUAUUUAAUCUUGAUACAUGCAUAGUGGGGUCAAAGGUUCUUGUAAUAACUGUGUUUUUUAUAAGAUAAUAAUUUUUCUCCAUAUAUAUUACGUAAUUUUAUUAACAAAUUAAAGUCGACAUGGUAAAAUUGAUAUACAAAACUAUAUUUACGGUAAAAAAAUUUACAUUAUCGUAAACAAUAAUGAGCGGUCUUAAAUUCUAUUAUGAUUUAUUUUCACAACCAUCAAGGGCACUGUAUAUUUUUCUAAAAAUUGCCAAUAUACCUUUUGAGGCGAAACCGAUAAAGAUAAUUAAACUUGAGCAUACUACUCCCGAAUUUGAGGCCAUUAAUCCAUUUAAAAAAGUUCCAAUUAUAGAACACAAUGACUUUAAAUUGACAGAAAGCAUUGCAAUUGCGAGAUAUUUGUGUAGAGAAUAUAAAGUACCCCAACAUUGGUAUCCUUUUUCAUCAAAAGAACAAGCCAAAGUUGAUGAGUAUUUAGAAUGGCAACAUUUAAAUACUAGAUUAAAAUGUGCAUCAUAUUUUGCAGUAACGUUUCUUAAUCCUUUACAAACAGGAAAGCCAGCUAAACCUGAACAAAUAGAAAAGUAUAAAGCACAAAUGUUAGGUUGUCUUGAUUUAAUAGAAAAUAUCUGGCUGAAAGAUAAAUUAUAUCUUACAGGCAAUAAAAUUAAUAUAAGUGAUAUAUUUGGUGCCUGUGAAUUAGAGCAACUACGUUUAACUGGAUAUGAUCUACGUGCAGAAUGGCCUCGUAUUAAUGCUUGGAUGGAAAGAGUACAACAGGAAACUAGACCUUAUUAUGAUGAAGCUCACAAACUAUUGAAUAAAUUUAUAAAGCAACAGGACCAAGCAGCCAUGACCGGAACAAAUAAUAAUCCGAAGGUGCCAGAUCUGGAGAAUAUGGUGGGUAUGGCAUUAUAUCCCAUUCAAGCUGUAAAAGCUUUUGGCGAGUAACCAAACUUGUAUGAAGUCUCGCAUUAUCUUGGAGGAACACUACAUCUUUUCUGUUGAUUAAUUCUGGCCUUUUCUGUUGAAGUGCUUCCAGCUGAUGACAGUAAACUUCUGAAUUAAUUUUUGUGUUAUCCGGCAAAAUCUCAAAAAAAAACGAUUCUUUUAAAAUCUUAUCAAACAGACAGCAUCACCUUUUUUUGAUGGAUAUUAGCUUUGGAAAUGCUUUGAGCCGGUUCGUCUUUUUUGUUCCAUGAUCUCUUGCGUUUGACAUUGUUAUAUACAACCCAUUUUUCGUCCCCAGUAAUGAUGCGCUUCAAAAAUGGAUCAUUUUCGUGACGUUUGAAUUUUCAUGAAGCGAAUCACAGAUGUCAAUGCGACGACACAAAUUUCUCUCCGUGAGAAUAUAAGGAACCUAUAUAUCGAACUUUGAGGUUAAAUCCAGUCCUUUCAAGUGGUCAUAAACAGUUGAAUUUGAUAAAUUUAACCUCUCACCGAUCUCACGUGUUGUUUUCACCGGUUUGCAUCAACUAAUGCCUUAUCGUGUCUUUAUCAGCUUCAAUCGGCCUUCCAGAACAUGGUGCAUCUUCGACAUCAAAAUUACCGGAUCGAAAUUUUGCAAACCAGUUCUGGCACUGGCGUACUGUCAACACAUCUUCUCCAUACACAUCGGUUAAUUUCUUUCCGGCUUGAACAGCAUUUUUACCUUUUGUAUAGCAAAAAAGUAAAAUGUGACAAAAAUGCUGCUUAUUACUCUUCAUAUUUAAAAGGGCACCAACCAAAAACUACUGCGUAGGAUCAAUUGGACUUUUUCACACACAAGCCUUGCUAUAUCAGCUCUCAAAACAUAUAAUGAUUAUGCGUCUUAAUUGUGAAGUUAAGUGCAAAAUAAUACAAUUAAAUCCUCUGUCGGGAAAAAACGAAAUUACCUUUCGAACAACCCAUAUAAUAUUUCCAUGAAAUAAACUAUUGUGUACAUGAAUUAAUGGUCAGAUUUUCUGAAAUAUUUCAAACUCAAAGAAACGUGUUUCAUAAUACUUCCAACGAAAAGCCACAGUAAUUCAUUCAGACAUUUUAACGAGCUUUCAAUUAAUGAUUCUAUGGUAAAAAUAAGCAAAUACAUAUUCAGUAAUUGAUGUUAAUGGGUAUUAGUAAUAAUAUAUAAUUUUUAAAUAAUAUCACAAUUAUUUAAAAGAUGUACAAUGUACAUGGAGUAUAAUAAACCAAUAUUUAAACAAUA